CCCACCCCCCACCAACAAAUGCUGCUGCCGCUGCCGCCGCCGCCCUAGUAAGGACCGGAAGAGGCGAUCACUUGACCAAAACUAGGGUUCUUCUUCCAUCCUGCUCCAUCUCUUACUCUCCAUCCAAGCAAGAAGCAUGGAAGCGCUUGCAGCGGCUUCGGGGAGCCUCUGGUCGAGCCCUGGUGCGAAGCGGGGAGGGUCCGGCUUGCCGUCGCUGCGGUGCUACUUGCUUCGUCGCCUCGGAUCUGGGGUUUCCAAACCUUUAAAGGCCAGACUGCCAUCUUAUGUAGCCGUACGCACCCCUAGAGCUGCAUACCCAACUGCUGUUGAGGAUGGGAGUUCUAAUGAGACUGAUGCAAUUCCUACCCCCAAAGUCAUAAUUGACCAGGACUCGAGUCCAGAUGCAACUAUUGUUGAGAUAACCUUUGGUGAUCGUCUUGGAGCUCUUCUUGACACUAUGAAUUCCCUUAAGAACCUAGGACUACAUGUUGUCAAGGCUAAUGUGUACAUGGAUUCUUCUGGGAAGCACAAUAAGCUUGCAAUAACUAACAGGUCUACUGGCCGUAAAAUUGAGGAUCCAGAGUUGCUAGAAACAAUACGUUUGACAAUUAUCAAUAAUAUGCUCCAAUAUCACCCGGAAUCUAGCAGCCAAUUGGCUAUGGGAGCAACUUUUGGAGUGGAACCACCUGAGCAGAAGGUUGACAUUGAUAUUGCAACUCGUAUAAAUAUUUAUGAUGAUGGACCUGACAGAAGCUUACUUGUGGUAGAAACAGCAGACCGCCCGGGAUUGCUAGUCGAUCUUGUUAAGAUCAUCACUGACAUAAAUAUAACAGUUCAGUCUCGAGAGUUUGACACGGAGGGACUGUUGGCCAAAGCAAAAUUCCACGUCAGCUAUAGGAAUGAACCAAUCAUGAAGGCUUUGCAACAGGUUCUCUCUAAUAGCUUGCUUUAUUUCUUGAGGCGGCCUACCACCGAGGACGCAAGCUUUUAGUUGACCUUCCGUAUUUACAGCGCUGAUGGCGUUAAAUGAUGUGUACGCGUAUUCCUAUAUCCGUUGACCUUUUCUUUAUCGGUGUGAUUGUACCGAAGAAUGUUCAUUAAUUGUACGAAUCAAAGAGCUCAUAUUCUAUGAUUUUUUUUUCAUGUUUA